GUUUUGGUCAUUGGGAAUAGGCAUCAGUUUAACAUUUUCUUGCAAACGAUCGCAGUGCGGGUCCUUUUCGUUAUAUUGUGAUACCAAGAGGAAUAAAAUUACAAUAUGAAGCUCUUAAUUGCCUUUACCAUGUUAUUGGCUGCAGCUUAUGCUUCCCCCAUUGAAUUAGAACACUAUGGUCAUGGAGCGAUUUAUGCACAUGCUCCUGUGGCGGUACAUGCUCAUGCUGAGCCAGUGGCUUAUCCCAAAUAUUCCUUCAAUUAUGGCAUAAAGGAUCCUCACACUGGUGACAUAAAAUCUCAAGCUGAGGAACGCGAUGGUGAUGUGGUGAAGGGACAAUACUCGUUGGUGGAACCCGAUGGCUCUGUACGUACGGUCAACUAUAGUGCUGAUGAUCAUAGCGGUUUUAAUGCUGUUGUCCAUAAGACAGCACCAGCUGUGCAUGCGGCACCAGUGCAUGCCAUUCAUGCUGCACCUGUGUAUGCUCAUGCCCCAGCUCCGGCUCAUUUGUUGCACCACUACUAAAGGGAUAAUCGCGAACAAUGAUUUGUAAUAUGAUGUGACUAAUUAGCUUAUGUAGUUUUUUUUUAUUAUUAUUAUUUUUGUUGAGUACAAGAAACAAGGGCCACAGAAAUUGUUGAUGGACUGGAAUAUGGUAUGAACUAGUAUUGAUUUUAAUGAUAAUAUUUUUUUAUGAAACCCGAAUGCAUUGCUUAUAUAUAUAAAGUUUGUAGGCUUAAGUUCAACCCCAUAGGUUUAUUUGCACCAUUUUUGUUUUUUUAAUAUUUCAUUGUAUUUCAUUUAAAUUAGUGGUAGAAUACUUUUUUAAUUUUUCUCACUAAAAUCUGUCACUUCUAACUGUUUUGGGCUCAGCGAACUGAGUAAAUGUAAUGUCGCCAAACUUUAACGAAUUGAUGGUUCAUUGGGCCAAAUGAGUAGCAAACAACCACCGUCCUAAUCUCAUUACUUUUCAAACUUAAAGCCUAUCUUAACUUUAACCUGUUGUAAAUAAUUUAUGUUUUUCAUCUCUAUUUUCUGCUAUCUAGUGAGCCUAGCUACUCCUUUCAGCAAAUGAAUCAUUUUUAAAAAUUCAAAAAACAAUACAAAAUGAUUGGUGUUUCAUUAUAAAGAUCCAGUUUAACAUCAUUUGGAAUUUUGCAUAACAUUUAUGUCAAAAAUUUGUAAUUUCGUGGUGCCAUUUAUCCAAUCAGCUAUGACAUCUCUUGCGGUUUUCUGAGCUU